AUGGCGGGCUUUUCGAUCAUCAGGGAUAUUUUUGCCAAGAUCUGGGGUACCGACAAGCUCACGGUCUCCUUCGAUGGAGGCACGCUGGCUUUCCCCACCCCGGAGGAAGCGAACCACGGCAAAGCACCCUGGCCUCACUCUGAUCAGAGCGCCUACCGUCCUUGGCCUCACUGCAUUCAGGGUCUACUCAACCUCCUACCCAAUGGCCCCGACGACGGUGGGCUCGCAGUCCUGAACGGAUCUGCGCCCCUCUUUGAGCAGUAUUUCAAGGAACACACUCAGCCCGACGGUGGCUGGAUCAAGAGGGAUCUCUUCGACUGGACAGACGAGCAGCUUCAAUGGUUCAAGGACCGCGGCUGCGAGUGGAUGAAGCCAAAUAUGGAACCUGGUGACUUUAUUCUUUGGGAUUCCCGUGCUGUGCAUUACGGUGCUGCACCACUUGGGACUAACAAGCGCAUGGCUAUCUAUACUUGCUACAAGCCCAUCGAGUUCUUGAGCGAAGAGCAGAGAGAGCGCAAAGUCGAGGCCUUCAAGAGAGGGUACAUGACGUCUCACGACCCGACAGACUUUGUGCUGAAGGAGGAGCAAAUGGCAGAAUGGAACAUUCUUCAUCCAUAUGGAAAGCCAAGUAUCAACAAAGAGACUCAGCAAGCUAUUGGUAUGGUCCCAUACGAAUAG